GGAAACCCCCUUUGUGUGAACAGGCUAUAAAAUAAUGACGUCCGACAAGCCGCACAUUUUAAUUAUUGAACCCUUUUACGGGGGCAGCCACAAACAGCUGAUUGACACCCUGAUCGAGGGGCUCCAAUCCCCACCGAACUACGAGAUCUUCAGCCUUCCCGCCAAGAAAUGGCAUUGGAGAGCGCGCACAUCGGCCCUGCAUUUCGCCCAGCUGAUCCCCCUCGAUCACGAGUACCGGGUGCUCUUCGCCAGCUCCGUUCUCAGCCUGGCCGAACUGAUUGGCCUGCGUCCGGAUCUCGCCAAGUGCCGGAAGAUCGUGUACUUUCACGAGAACCAGCUGGUCUAUCCGGUGCGCGAGGUGAAGCAGCGCGACUGUCAGUACGGCUACAAUGAGAUCCUCACCUGCCUAGCCGCCGACAUUGUGCUCUUCAACUCGCAGUUCAACUGCACAUCAUUUCUGGACAAUGUGCAGCCCUUCCUGAAAAUCCAGCCAGACUUUAGGAUAAAAGGGAUUCGGGAGAAAAUUGAGAAGAAAUGCCAGGUGCUGUACUUUCCCGUUCGGUUUCAGCGAUUUCCUAGCAGGAGUGCCCAUCUGGAGGAUCGUGAGUGCCUGCAUCUCAUUUGGCCACAUCGCUGGGAGCACGACAAGAAUCCCAAGCUAUUGGCCGAGGCGCUUUGCGAGCUUCAGGCGCGCCAAGUGGACUUCAAGGUGACCAUUUGCGGCGAGAGCUACGAGGAGAUUCCAGAGCCCUUCGCCGAUAUCCAGGAUAAACUGGGAGAUAAGCUGCUGCACUUUGGCCACCUGGAACGGGAGGAUUAUGUAAAGACCCUGCUCUCCGGCGACAUUGUAAUCUCAACCGCUGACCACGAAUUCUUUGGAGUGGCCAUGCUGGAGGCCACUUACUGCGGCUGCUAUCCCCUGGUGCCCAAUAAACUGGUUUACCCGGAGAUCUAUCCCAAGGACAACCUGUACAACACCUCCAGCGCCCUGAUCAAAAAGCUCUACAACUUCUGUAGAAACCCAAAAGUCUUUCGCAAGCACCGCGAUCAAUUCUUUGAAACCUUCCAUUUCGAUCGCUUUGCGGCGCAGGAACUUCUUCCAAAAUAUCUAGACUUAUUCAAGGUUUCACUUUAAGCAUAUUUAUUUAUUAAAUAUACGAAAAAAAUGGGUUACAAUAA